AGGCCUGUGAGUACAAUAACACCAAACAAAGAGACGGUUCCUAUAUGCUCACGCCUAGCCAGUCCUCCUGUGUAUUUUGGUGUGCUUUUCCCCCCUGUCGUUGCUCUGUCCACCGAUGCGCUUGUUAGCUUCGGUAACCCGUCACUUAGUAUGGAGUCCUCUUGUUUUGGUUUCAGAUACGAAGGGUCAGAAGGAGAGAAAACCGUUUCAACGUACGUAUCGAACUGCGGUGCGCACCACAUUUACUCUGUGCGUUUCCAAGUUGGCACGCCGCCCUUGUUGGCGUCCUUACCUUAGAGAGACGGCGCGCGCUUUUCUAUGGGAGACGGAAUCAAGCGUCAAGAUUGACGUCUUGUUGGGCGUUCCCUUCGCCAACCUCAGCCCCUGUAGUCUGUGUUGAUGAUUGGGUUGUGAGUUUGAGCCUAUGACACAGAGGUCGGCUGGGUUGCUUAGGUGCUGGGUUGUGUGACGUAUUCAAUUGUGUUGCUGGAAGA